AUGCCAACCCUUAUCGACCCUAGCAUCAUGCCGGAGAAUUGCGACGUGGAAUUACGGACGCCCUUAAAAAAAGCAAAUAAAUCGUUCAACGGAUGCUGGACCUGCCGACAACGAAGCAUUCGAUGCGAUGAAACUAAACCACAAUGUUUCAAAUGCAUCAAUGCCAACCGCGAAUGCGAGGGUUUCGACGUCCGUCUCACCUGGCUUACUAUCACGCCAGAACAGCUUUGUCGAAGACAAGCGGCAUCACAAUGGGGAUCUAGAGAUCUAUUUUCACGUAGAGACAACGAUGGCGACGAGAAUACCCCUAGUCAGCCCAAACGCCGCCACAUCCCCUCGCGGACCAUGUUCAACGUGAGCCUGCCGUCCUACAACGAGGAGGAGCUAGAUAUGGUUUUACACGAAAUCAAAGUGAACAGCGAACAACACGAUCAUGCACGUCCACUGCAGCAGGGUCCAUUCGGGGUAUUUCGGCUGGAGCCCCAGUCAACUGCAACCCCACAUUCCAAUUCUCCGUUAUUUGCAACUGCCGUGGCAGCUGCUCCAACACCGGAUGACCCCUUAUACACCGGGGAUGACGAUUUCACCUUUACGCAGCCCGGGGCUGAUGAUGUUAGGGCUCUCCAUGAUACCCUAUCCAGUGCCCCGGGCCAUCUAUCCCCGCUAUCCAACCCAUCUACUGGUCUAGUCAGCACAGAUUAUCUCACCCCCAGCCAGACAGCAAUAUCCUGGCAUUCUCCGGUUGCUGUCUCCACCCAGUCAGAUGUCGACUCUUCUCUCAAGCUGUGUGAACUACUCCAUCACUGGAAACGAUACCUUAGCCGGUUGAUGAUCCCGUUCGCAACGGAAAACCCUUACGUCACUAUAAUCACCCCUAUGAUCGAGUCGACGAACCCGGACCGGAUGAGUCCCGCGAAUAGUGCGGUCUUCUGGUCGGUUAUUACUGCAUCUGCAUUCAGUAAAGCCCGAAUGGUCCAGGACAGUGGCGAAUAUACUAAGCUGGGAGAGGCUUACUAUUCCAAGACAUUGAAUCUUCUCAGCCUUUGCUUCUGUGCACAAGAGGCUCAUCAAGGCCUAGCGGUUCUCGCAGCGAUCACCAUGAGUAGCUUAAUUGACGUGUUCCGUCCUUUGCCAGACUCCCGCGAAAGCUGGCAAAUGCAUCUACACGCCGGAAGGUUGUGGAUCAGGUCACAAGAGCUGGAGUUACCAUCUCAAGACCCCAAUGCUUCCAUAUUAAUUGAGCUAAUUCUUUUACUGGAGGUCCUUGGCUUCUCGGGUAAAGGAAAAGCUACUCCUUCCGUGCAUGACUCUUUUUUGUCGCUCAAAUACAGCACAACCGACAGGUUCAGGCUCAAGGUCCCGGUGCUGCAUGAUUCAUAUCAGCUAGAACGCAUGUUCGGGUUACCCCUUAAUGUCUUUGAGUGUAUAAUUUGGACAAAUAUAUUGGUCCAGAAAGGCACUCUGGCAUCCCAAGAGGACAUUGAAGCUCUUGGGUUCCAGAUUACCUCUUCAAAUCCUGAAUUCUUCCAUCACUAUUCGUCAGAUGCACCCGAUGCGUACGCUCGGAUGUGCGUUCGAUAUUUGUUCUAUUAUGCCUGUGAGAUCUAUUUUGAGAGACAAGUUCUACACACCUCUGUUGCAGAUGUGCAGUGGAUCGUGACAGCUGCGUUUCCGUACAUCCAAGGCAUCCUCUCCCAUGACCAUGAAUUACAAGGGCCUUAUAUUUCCUGGCCCAUCUUCAUUAUAGCGGCUGAAGCUACGGACCCGGAAGUUUGCAAGACCACUAUCGCCUUUUUUGAUCUGGACUGGCCCAGGAAGAUAGGAAACUACUCCGCGGCAAAGGAGAACUAG